AUGAAUUAAGCUAUUACAGUGAUCAUAACAUUUGCACAGAAAAACAAAGUUUAUAACAUAGAAAUAGAUCCAUUAACAAAAGUCUAAGAGUUAAUCAAUGAAUUUCAUGAAAUGCUCCAUCCAGCAGGAAAUGAGAAGAUAUAAUUAAAGUAUUAAGGAACACAACUAAGACCAAACCAAACAUUUGAAGAGCAAGGAGUAAGAAAAGGAACUUAAAUUGAACUGCUGGUUGAAACCUAGGGUGGUCUCUGA